AUGUCGCAUUAUAACUUCAAAAAGAUCACUGUUGUGCCGCCUUCACAGGAUGUUCACCCAUUUUAUGCUGAUUUGAUGAACGUUCUCUAUGACCGGGACCAUUACAAACUUGCUCUGGGACAAAUAAACACAGCUCGACAUCUAGUUGACAAUGUUUCAAAGGAUUAUGUUAGACUUCUGAAAUAUGCUGAUUCACUUUAUCGAUGCAAACAAUUGAAAAAAGCAGCUCUAGGAAGAAUGGUGACCAUUUUGAAACGUCAGAAACAGAGCUUGGAAUAUCUAGAACAAGUUAGACAACAUUUAUCUCGUUUGCCAUCCAUUGAUCCUACUACCCGAACUCUUCUUGUCUGUGGAUUCCCUAAUGUUGGAAAAUCAAGCUUUAUCAAUAAGAUUACACGAGCCGACGUUGAAGUGCAGCCUUAUGCUUUCACUACCAAAUCAUUGUUUGUCGGACACACUGACCAUCGGUAUCUACGUUGGCAGGUUGUUGAUACUCCAGGUAUAUUGGAUCAUCCUUUAGAAAAUAGAAACACUAUUGAAAUGCAGGCCAUUACAGCAUUGGCUCAUUUAAAAGCUGCAGUACUGUAUAUUAUGGAUAUCUCUGAACAAUGUAACCAAACAAUUGAUGAACAGAUUACCUUAUUUGAAAGCAUUAAACCAUUAUUUGUGAAUAAACCCAUCUUAGUUUGCAUCAACAAAAUAGAUGUUCUGAAAUUUGAAGACCUCCCAGAAGCUACACAGGCUUCCAUCAAGAAAAUAGAAGAGGAAAAUGUUCCAAUAAUGUAUAUGAGUACACUCACUGAAGAAGGAGUCAUGAAUGUCAAAAAUGAGGCUUGUGAUCGUCUGUUAGCUUAUCGAGUGGAAACAAAGAUUCGUCAGAAAAAAGAUGACUUAUUAUCACGAUUAAGAGUUGCAAUGCCAAACAAGAGAGAUGAUAAGGAAAGAUCAGUUCAUAUCCCUGAAGCUGUUCUUCAGAAAAGGCAAAAAAUGGAAACCGAUGGGCAAAAGAAGAAAUUGGAAAAAGACAUUGAACAAGAAAUGGGAGAUGAUUACAUUUUAGAUUUGAGAAAAACCUGGGAUUUGACGAAUCCAGAAGAAAAAUAUGAUGUCAUGCCAGAAAUAUGGGAAGGACAUAAUGUAGCUGAUUUUAUUGACCCAAAUAUAAUGCAGAAACUGGAAGCAUUAGAGAAAGAAGAAGAGCUGAGAAUUGCUGCAGGAUAUUAUAACAACUUAGAUGAAGAAGAAGAUGAAGACAUGAAGAAAAUUAGAAAAGUUGCCGCCAAAAUACAUGAAAAGAGACAACUGAUGAUCUUAGAGUCACGAGAAAGGCGAAAGGCAUCAAAAAUACCAAGAUCUAAAUUAGUUGUUGGAACUGUUGGUGAUUUGGAGCAACAAAUGGAUGACUUGGGCUUACAGUUAGAACGUGCAGAGAAAAACUACUCAACACAAAGAUCCCGUAGUACAACACGCAGGCCUUUGAAACGAAAGAGAGAAGAUUCUCAAGCAGCCAUGCGUAGCUCUUCCAGGACUCCUCGAGAUCGAUCUGGUUUACGAGAUGAAACGAUGGUCAAUAAAGUAAGAAAGAUGACACGCAAGGCUAUGAAGUCCUUCACAAUGGACGGACGUAAAGGAGAAUCUGAUCGACACAUUCAUGAUUUGAAACCAAAACAUAUUUUCAGUGGUAAACGUGGUAUUGGAAAGACACAGAGACGAUAAUUUUUAUGAGAUAAAUGCUUGUUGGAUGAUUUCAUUGAGAUUUUCUGAAUUAAAAAGAAAUUCUAAUAAUA